GGUCAUCAAACAUUAAGAAUUAGGGUUUCGAGCUUUCCCCAAAUAUAAAGCCCAAGUUUUUCUUUCUUUUGUUGCUCCUCCGUCCAAACACCCUAGUCAGAGCCGGGGCUUCUCGUUGACCUAAGAGAUGGCAAAGUCAAAGAACCACACAGCUCACAACCAAUCUUACAAGGCUCACAAGAAUGGCAUCAAGAAACCGAAGAGGCACCGCCACACUUCCACCAAAGGGAUGGAUCCAAAGUUCUUGAGGAACCAGAGGUAUGCAAGGAAGCACAACAAGAAGAGUGGAGAGUCUGCCACUGAAGAAGAGUAAAUUGGGGUUUCUAAUUCUAGCCUUGAUUAGGGUUUCUAAUUGGGGCUAUUUUAAAUUUUUAACGAUGGAAUUUUGUGUUUAUUUACUGUCUACUCAGCUUGAUUACUUGCAUUGUUUAUUUUGGGAUUGCUGAUUAUCUUUGUUAGAAAAGAUUUGAAGCUGUGACUGUGAGCUUAUUAAUAUCAAGAACAUGUUUUGAGUUUU